CUCGGACAAAAUGGCCCGACGACGCCAUAGCCCUGCGGCCGUGAGUUCGACGCCCGACGCCAUCGAGCAUAUUGCAGGCUUCGUCCAGCACCACUACACGAUCGUGCAGCUCUUGUCUGCGCUUCCAUCCUCGGCCAAAACGCCGGCGGUGACAGCCCUUGACGCCCUCCUCGUGACGCCGUCCGUGCGCGUGGCCUGGCCCGCGGUGCAUAUACGCUUCGCCCCCAGUGCUGCGACGCUACGCCAUCUUCUUGACGUCCAAGUCAUUGGUGCGCGCGUGUCCUUGGGAGUCGACGUUGAUGCAAACGGUCUCGCGUUCCUUCGUCAACUGUCGCCUGUCGUCAACCACGUCUCGGCGUCGUUUCCGCGGACCAAGGAGGCGAGUGCAUUGCAGUCCAUCCUAGCCGCGUGUCCGCGCCUCUACAGCGCCAAUCUGCACGUCCGAACGUCGACUGCGUCCUACGAGCUGUUUGACCGUCUGCCACUCUCGGCACUGACGGAGCUCACGCUGCGCGGCGCGAUGCCAGCGUCCAUACUCAGCGACGUCAUUGCCAUGCUCGCCAACGGACGCUGCAAGCGCUUGCACCUCUUUGAAGCUACGUUUUCCGACCUCUCGGUGGACGCUGCGGUCGCCUUGUGCGCCGCCAUGGCUGCAAGCGCGAGCUUGACGGAGCUUGUGCUCGACAAUGUGGCGGGCGUCGACGAGCGUUUCCUGCAGCAACGCAAGCUGCCGCCCAAGGUGCGUCAUCUCCAGGUCGAGGUGUCGGCCUUCUUCCUCGAUGUGUGUCAACUCGAAGGCGACUGGCGACGCGAAGCCAUCGAGCACUAUGCAGCAGUUCUGCCGUUCGCGAGCCGCCUCGUCGCGAUUUCAAGUUGGCUCGUCACAUACAUCUCGCGUGACGCACCCAUGGAGUCGUUCUUGCGCCAGCUCAAGGUGCUCGAGCUGCAGUGGGACUCGCGCAUGCUGGCCUCGUGGCCUCAUACGCUCUUGAUUGCGCUGCCGUCGCUCCAGGAGCUCCGCAUGGCGUGUUGGUGCAUCUCGAACGAUGCGAUGGGCAGAGAUCUUGCGAGCGCGCUGCAGCACUGCGUCCACCUACGGUAUUUGAGUCUCCAUGUCGACUACAACUUUUCGACGACGUGGCUCACGCAGAUCGUGUCGCGCGGACUGACCGGAUUAACGCUGCGCGUACGUCGGUGUACCGCGCCGCGCCUCGUCCAGCUCGUCAAGAUACUACUCGCGAGUGCGUCCUCGUCCUUGCGCUGGGUCUCGAUUGAAAAGAAGUUGUGGACCUUGGGCGAGCGUGGGACGACAACCAGGCACGUCAAUGCUGCCAACGCGACGCUCGCGUACGUCGAGUGGAGCCGCACCGAAGAGCAGACACGAGCGGAUGUCAGCUACUGGGACAACAAAGCCAUGGGCGAGAACCGUCUCGUCGUGUUUUGUCGCACCGUCUUGUGAGACUCUCGUAGCAAAAUGCGAGCUAAAGGCACUCGGCUCCAGACCCAACCACCGGUAUUGAUUUGACAUUUUGCCAGCAUAUUGAAGACAAGUGUCUUGUCGUUGACGAGC